AUGAAGGAAGAAGUAGUUGGUCUGACCUCCCCGUUCUCCAUCCCUCCUGACUCUCGUCGAAUCAACCCCGCCCACCCCCACAAGCCUGAUGGCUCGAACAAUAACAAUGACCGCGUCGAGAUCGGACCAACACCACUGGCAUUCGCCGAGUGGCAGCAUCUCGGCUUGCACCCGCCACACCUACCGACGAUGCGUGGAUAUCGCCUACAGCGCAUUCGCGAUCAGCUGAGUAGUCACGGCCUGGGUGGGAUACUACUGUUUGAUCCAUUGAACAUUCGGUAUGCCACGGACACCACCAAUAUGCAGCUGUGGACUACACACAAUCCCGCUCGCGCCUGUUUCAUUGUACCUAGUGGCUACAUCGUGCUAUGGGAUUUCCAUAACUGCGGCCAUCUCUCUGCCCAUCUGCCACUGGUUAGUGAACGGCGCACCGGAGCUACAUUCUUCUACUUCGAAACAGGCGAUCGCUCUGGUGAACACGCCGCGCGCUUCGGCAAAGAGGUGGAUGAGUUGCUCCGGAAGCAUUCCGGCAGCAACCGCCGGCUAGCCGUCGAUCGAGUUGAAAUCGCCGGCCUGCGUGCCCUCGAUGCGCUGGGAGUGGCCAUGUCUGACGGGCAGGUUGUUAUGGAACAUGCACGGAUGAUCAAGGGCCCCGAUGAGAUCCGCGCAAUCAAAUGCGCGGUUGCCUCCUGUGAAGCCGCAGUCGGCGAGAUGCGACAGGCCAUGCGCGCUGGUGCCACGGAGAACGAUGUCUGGGCUGCUCUGCACUCUGGCAACAUCCGCCGCGGCGGCGAAUGGAUCGAGACUCGCAUUCUCAACUCUGGCCCGCGCACAAACCCUUGGUAUCAGGAAUCCGGGCCACGAGUGCUCCGAGAUGGAGACUUGCUGUCAUUCGACACCGACCUCAUCGGCGUAUAUGGCAUGUGUGUCGACAUGUCGCGCAGCUGGAUCUGCGGCGGCCUCGAGCCCACAGCUGAGCAGAAGCGCCUGUAUCGCAUCGCCCACGAGCACAUCACGACCAACAUCGAGAUGAUCAAGCCCGGCGUGCGCUUUACUGAUUUGACGCGAAACGGCCACCGUCUCCCUGAAAGCUGCCGUGCUCAGCGAUAUGGCGUCAUGUUCCAUGGUGUAGGGCUUUGCGAUGAGUAUCCCAGCAUCCGCUACCCCGAAGAUCUGGAUGCUUACGGCUACGAGGGAGAGCUUCAAGCGGGUAUGGUAAUGUGUGUCGAAGCCUAUGUUGGUGAAGUUGGCGGCAAGGAUGGCAUCAAAUUGGAGAAUCAACUGCUUGUGACUGAGACGGGCUAUGAGCUGCUAACUCAUUUUCCAUUCGAAGAGAGCUUUCUGCGCGACUAA